UGGGCCUAAAUGAGGCUAGCCUAGUUAAGCCUGAUCUUUCUGUCUGUCUGUGAGAGGAGCUCAGCAGAGCUGAAGACUGCAUGGUGGCUUCAGAAACUGCCUACUGAAUUCCCAAAGAACAAUGGUAGGAAAGGCCAGAUCUUCCAAUUUUACCUUGUCUGAGAAGCUUGAUCUGCUAAACCUUGUGAAGCCAUAUGUGAAAAUUCUCGAAGAGCACACUAAUAAAAAUUCAGUCAUAGUGGAAAAGAAUAGAUGUUGGGAUGUCAUAGCAGUUAACUAUAAUGCAAUUGGAGUAGACCGCCCUCCUCGCACGGCUCAGGGCCUACGCAGCCUUUACAAAAGGCUCAAAGAAUAUGCCAAGCAGGAGCUAUUGCAGCAAAAGGAGGCCCAGUCAGAUUAUAAAAGCAGUAUCUCCGAGCCAACCAAGAAGGUUGUGGAGAUGAUUCCCCAGAUUUCCAGCUUUUGCCUGGUAAGAGACAGGAACCACAUACAAAGUACAAACUUGGAUGAGGCUGCCCAAGCUGGUACCAGUUCACUGCAGGUGAUGGUGGAUCACCAUCCUGUUGCUAUCACUGUAGAGGUGAAACAAGAAGAGGACAUUAAACCGUCUCCUGCCCUGGUUUCAAGUCCUCAACACAAUGAUGCUUUAGAGCAACAAGAAGAACAUGAAUUAAUGCAUGUUGCGGAAGGAUCCGUGUCGCCAUCACUCUCUUCUGUUGAUAUGAGAAUGACAUCAUCUCCAUCUUCUGUCCCCAGGAGAGAUGAUGUUUUUCAUCAGGAAAGUGGAGAACACUUGAGGUCUCUGCUAAGAUGUGACCCUCAGGUCCUGCAGAUGUUGAAAGAGGAACAUCAGUUAAUUUUAGAAAAUCAAAAGAAAUUUGGAUUAUAUGUUCAGGAGAAGAGGGAUGGAUUGAAGAGGAGGCAGCGGCUGGAGGAGGAGCUGCUAAGAGCCAAGAUUGAAGUGGAGAAGCUGAGAGCAAGUCGCUUACGGCGGGACCUGCCUGAGUAUAGUAGUUUCUAAGAACUUUCCAGUUUGGGAAUUCGAUAAUUUUAAUUUUGUCAGAAUUAUUUUCAUUUUGGAGGAUCACGAAGCUCAGCACACGUCCUAAAAACUGUUAAUUUCUCUUAUAAAAAAGCUUUUGACAUGAUUUUCUUCUUUUCUGUCUUAACCGUCCUUUUUUAUUUUCUGGAGACAGGUUUCUUUGUGUAGCCCUGACUGUCUGGAACUAGCUCUGUAGAACAAGCUGGCCUUGAACCUGCUUUUUUUUUUUAAAACACAAUUUUCAAAGUAUUUAAUUUUCCCUUUAGAUAUUAUCAUUUACAGAUUGGCUGACAUGGUAAUCCAGUUUGUUGCCUUCCCUUAUUGUUUUCCUAAGACAUUUAACUGUUGGCCUCAUGUAAAGUCUUUUAUUUUGAUUAUAAAAAAUAAUGCAAAUAGAGUUGCAUCUGCUGCAUAAGCCUGUAACCUCAGCACUUGGGAGGGAGAGACAGAUGAGAGAAGAGAAAGGCCAGCUUGGCUACAUACCAAUCUCAAGGUCAGCCUGUGCUCUGUGGAAUCCUGUGUUACAGCAAAAUCCACAGAAUUGUAUAAAUGCAUACGUGCUACUUCAAAGAACCGAAUCUUUAACAGUUUUAGUUUCGACCUUAAAAGUUAGAAUAGAGAGAGAGAGAGAGAGAGAGAGAGAGAGAGAGAGAGAGAGAGAGAGAGAGAAUGAU